CCCCUUUUGUGCAUUCAGGGAGAUCCACUGGCGCGCUUGCCCAAUGCCCCCCCCCAUCUGAAUUUGCAGCGCCGCCAACUUCGUCUCUGCGCCCCUCGGUGCCCCAAGAGCCCACGGCGACGUCCGUAGCGCAAGGGCGCAGCCGCCCACCUCGGAAGUCAGGAUCACCCUCUCCAGGUAAAGAUGUCCCUCUUGUGCUCCUCGUUGUGAUGUUUGUGCUGGUACUCGUUGCGCGCGCAGUCGAAGAAGUCGCGUGGCGAUGUGUUGCAAUAGAGCCGACUGUGGAUAUCGAUAUGCUAGACAUGCAAUCCAAAUUCAUUAACCGAUAGUUCGUAGACGCAAUAUUGCCGACUGCGGGUGAAACGUGUUGGCCGUGAGCUGCGAGUCAGUGGUUGCUGGGCCCUCGCCCACUUCCCUUGGCCACGCCCUGGGUGCCCUCCAUGCCCUUCGCCCCCUUCGUGCCGGCCGACGCCCGGGCCCACAGGUCGUUGGACGUGUUUCCCGGCUCUUUGACGGCAGCGUGGUUGCGCAGCUCCCUCCACGCAGCCCACUCCCCCUGCCGCGUGGACAACACCGUCUUCAGACACAUGCACUGUCAGAGCGUGUUCUCCGCCUACCGUCAUGACGUACGGGGCCUCUUCCGCGAUGGAGAUGGCGUAGCGGGCGGCCCUCUCCCUCUCGAGCAGGCGCUUGCAGCCGAAACAAUACUUCAUGGCAGGGCGAUCUGCUGGGAACCUAUCCUGGUUGGUCCAGACGCACUCCUGGCCACUGUGGAGGCCCGCGCGUCGGAGUAGCUCAACAACAAGAUCCCGACCAGACGAAGACAAUCAACAACGACAUCCCCUCGAAGUCGCCCUUGCUGGAGAUCAUCGUGGGCAGAAGGGCGCCCAGGGUCUGCAGCUUGUCUUGGUGCAGCUCAUCGCGUCCUCCAGGCUGGUGAGCCGUCGGGGCCCGCGCGUCCGUGGGCCCUCCCGGUGGAGCCCUCGUGGUGGACUUGGCGGGAGCCCCAUGCAAAUAUUUCUGAAUUGACUCACGGAUUUUACUCUCGAAUCG